AUGGGCACGGCGUUGCAGACGCUGCGAGGGUUGUCGGUGGGUUCCACCAUGCAGGACACCGAUUUCUGGCCUGACCAUGAAGCUUUACCUGAUGAUUUAACAGAAUUCAUGGAUGACAGUUACUUGGUGAAGAUGCUUGGAUACAAACUCCAGGUUCCGCCCCUUCCCCCAGAGGACAAUGCAAUAGUACCUGCCGUAAAGAGCUCAUCACCAGCUGGAACAUUGUCAGACACUACUAGCAGAUUCAUGUCUCCCCCUUGCAAUAAUGAGAUGACUCAAAGUAAGGAGUCAACUGCAGUUCAGAGGUCUCCUGUAAAGUUUGAUAUGCCUCAGAGUGUAAUGAAAUACAUUCAAAUGGCCAAAGCGCAUAUGCAUCAAAUCUGCGAGGAGAUGGAACCAAGGCAAAAUUUGACAUCUCAUUACGUGGCUGUACAAGUGAUCCAAAGAGAGAUGUGUCGCUCUGGCAAAAAAAAGAAUAGAUGUCUGAACAAAGAGAUGGCGGUCAUGGGAGAUAUGGACAGACAAGAAAGACUGAUCAAGUUGACCCAGGUAUUUGAGAACUCGAAUGGAGCCAAACCAAAACGGUACAUACUACUACUUGGCAAAACUGGCAUGGGAAAGACCACCCUUAUUAGGAAGCUAUGCCAGGACUGGGCCAAAGACUGCCUUCCACAAUUUGACUUUAUAUUCUUAUUGAAUAGCAGUGCUCUCGUCACUUUAGGAAAGUCGCACUACAGUCUUCAGACCCUCCUGCUUGACUUUUUUAACAUUGCCUCCUGUGACUCCUCCGACACUGAGGAAGUGUACGCUCAAGUCCUUGCAGCCCCUAAACGUGUGCUCUUCAUUUUCGAUGGAUUUAAUGUUCGGGACUAUGAACUUCUAUUUCAGGAAAAAGACUUUACAACCUUGUUAGACAAAGACACUAAAGCGAAGUCAUCUACAGCUAGACAGCUAUUCUCUGCCAUCUUGCAAAGGGUGGUCCUUCCAGGAUCCAGUCUUCUGAUUUCGGCAAGACCCAGAGGCACUGCCUGCCAACUAUUGCGGCGACUUGACAGCAUUUUGGAGGCUAUUGGAUUUACCGCACCAAAUAUAGAAACAUAUGUUUCUAAGUACUUUUCUGAUCCAGACCUUAGAGAAUCUGCUCUCAAAUGUUUAGAAAAGUGUAGCUAUCUGUGUCAUCUUUGUUGGAAUCCUAGACUCUGUCGACUUGUGUGUUUGGUUUUGGAACACACCCAAAGUUCAGAGGGACUUCCCAACAGUUUAACUGAGCUCUGCCAUAAAGUUGUAUAUCUUAAAAUAGAGAAUGACAAGUCGGGAUCUUGCACUCAAGCACAAAACACAAGCAAAGCACAAGUGAGCAAAAGAACAAUGCGAUCAACAAGGAGAGAAAGGAAAAUAAAAACAAAGGAGAUUAAGACUGGGGAAAUCUAUGAAAAGAAAUUGUUGUCCUGUUUAUUCUCUUUGGCCUGGGAAGGAGUGAAGUCCAACACAUCCAUUCUGCCCAGAGAUGUAUGCUCGGAACUGAAAGCAUUUGGGAUCAGGAAGGGACUUUUCCUUUCUUAUCGAGGGAGGGCAAGACAGUCCUGUUGCAAGGUCCAAAUUCAGCAAGUCCAGGAAAAGAAAGAGAAUGUUUUGGAAGAACAACGGCAAAAUCAACACAAUAUGAACUUACAAGAAAAUGAUGGAGACGAUAACAGUCUCUUACAGUGGGCAGAUCCCUUCCUUCAGAGUUAUCUGGCUGGAAUUCAUUUGUCCAAGGCAAGAAAUGUUUGCCCUCAGAACCUCCUGCAGAACCUCUUCUCCCAGUCUGCUGCAACGGGACGUCAACGUCCCCAAGGAGAGGCGCAAGAGCUAACACAGCGAUUUGCUUUGGGAAUCAUGUUCCUUCCAAGAAGCGAGCUACGCAGGCUUCAUCUAGACAUUAACUCUAGCAGGCGGGCCUUGUUCACUAAGCAUCUUACGGGUCUUACCCUUACUAACCUGUGCCCUGAUCAGUUCCUAGAGUUAUGCCACUAUAUCUUUGAAGCAGGUCUUUUACAUGACAACAACAGUGACAUUGGAGAGGCACGAUUGGCUACUUACCUGGUAGAAAACCUACCCGAGGUCCUCACCUUUCGUGGAAUUCCACUUGGACCGCCAGACGCGUACGUUGUGCAGAAAAUUCUUGAAAGGGCUGAGAAUGGAAGCAGAGCUUUUUCUUUGGAUCUGGAGGACACUGGGAUUCCAAUUUCAAAUCUAAGGUCCUUGGUGGGGCUUGGCAGCUGCAGUACAUAUAGAGCAUGCAUCGCUGAUGUAAUUGUACUGUGGCAGCAGUUACAGCAGAGUGGGGGAAGAAAGUCCCUUCAACAAUAUGUGAAAAAGUUUAACAUCAACCCUCUGAAGAUCAUGCAUCUGCAUCAAAUAGAACAUCUAUCAAGGCUCGUGAAAAUUCAUAUGAACAAGCGGCUCUUAGACUGCCCUGCAGAACCUGAUGUCCUCCUAGAGAAAGGAGUUCCGGCAGUCAACGGGCUGCACAAACUGGAAAUAGACAUUGGUCCGGAACGUGGGCCCCUAGCUUUCCUGAAGCUGUCGGAGUUUCUACCAAGUCUAUGUGAACUACAACAUUUAGAUUUGGAGGGCAACAAUAUUGGAGACAAAGGAGCUGAGCAAUUAGCUGAAACGUUUGGCUCCCUCUGUUUUCUUCAGAUACUGAAUCUAUCACAGAAUUACAUAGGGGACAACGGGGUGCAGAAAAUGGUGACGAGACUGACGGAUCUAUCCAAACUGCGCUGUUUAAUCCUCUACAGCAACAUGAUUUCUGACAAUGGUGCCUCAGCCUUAGCUGCUGUUCUCCCUCACAUGGCAUCACUGACUGACUUAGACGUGAAAUAUAAUAAGCUAUCAGAUGUUGGUGCACAAUGCUUGGGAGCCAGCCUGAGAGAAUGUAAGAAAAUUAAGACAUUAAGAAUGUGGAACCAAUGUAUUCCAUACGGUGUAUUUGAGAGACUUCAGCAGCAGGAUUCCAGGAUCCUUUGGCAUUAG